AUGGAAUCGUUAGCGGGUUACAAAGCUACCAUUAAUAUCGCGAUUGCAGAUGCUAACCUGUACGCCACGGGAACUCCGACUACAUCGUGCCUGACUAAUUUUUGCCUAGACGUACCUCCAAGGUUACCUUAAAAGUUCUCAAUGAGUACAAGACUGAGGUCAACGCCACCACGAAAUAUUUGGAAGGCCAUCUUGAGGAGAUCCUGAACAGAUUAGAAUGGUUAAGGCAGUCAGCAAAGGAGCAGUCUCUUACUGAAUCUACCAACACAAAUCCAUUAGACAAGGAGAAAAAUAGCAUCGAGAAUUGUCUCAAGGUCUGCCAACAAUUUCAGGCUGAUCUAGACAAGAUGCAAUUUCAGCUCAUUUCCGAAAAUCGUUGCUCAGACACCAGCAGCGGUGUGAUGGAAAUACCAACUCAAGACAUGCCUUUGGCAAACGCCAUCACACUGUCCAGUUUGAAAUCCUGCAGUCUUGAGAUCACAGAUGCGAUAUCCAGGCUGGUACUACACGAAGAAAAGACCAAGAAGAGACUUCUCAUCGCACCUCAGAUUGAUGAACAAGCUGAAGAUCAGGAGCUAGAAGUGCAGAGACUGCAACGCGAGCUUGAUAGCGCCAACCAAAUGCUAAGCUUCUGCAAGGUUGCAUCAUCCCGAGCCACACCAGACCGAGUCCACGUUUUAGAAAAUAUCAGCGUCGGGGACAACUCGCAGCAGGUCUGCGUAUCAAGCAUUGGUGACCUUUUUAAAAUCAAAGGGGCUACUGCAGGAUCUGGGUCAUUUCAGUUCUUCGGGACGAUGCCAGCCGAGCCACUGCAAGAGAUUAUGAAAAUCCACAGGGCAUAUCAGGCUGGUCAAAGGGGGGAAACAUUCACGGAGGAGAUACAUAGCAGCAACAGCGGUGAAGGUUCAAGGGCAAUAUAA